CGCAAAACAUCAUCGUCAUCAACAUACAGACACACACACACACACCAUUCAUUCAAGAUGUCAAUACAUUUUACCAUUCAAGGAUUUGUAUGGCGUGUGUUGUUGUUGUUAUUGUUGUUGGUCCAUUGAAUGAUCACAAUAUAUAUUCCAGACGCACAGUCGUGGCAAUAAUAAUAAUAUUUUUGUGGGCUCAAAGACUCGUUUUUUGGCCGAUACCACCACCACCACCAACACAACGAUGAACGGCGACUGCUACCAUCAUCAACAUAAUCAUCAUCACCAUAAAUAAAUUUCCACAAACAACAAACUUCGAAUCAUAAUAAUAAUAAUAUUGAAACCUGUCAGGGCAGAUACCUUUUUUUGGUGGUUAUAUUCUGGUUAAUAUAUCAGUUUUUUUUUGGAGAUCGAGCUUUGACCAUAAAGUCAGAGUUUAUGAACCUAAAUUUUGUCUGGUCGAUAGAUGGCAGAUGAAUUUUUUUUCUUUAUCAUUUCGUAACUCAUCGAACAUAAUCCAGAGUUGUAAAUUUUUCCAAAUUUUUGUAAACUUUGAAAUUUUAUAAUUGAAUUUUUGUUUUUUUGUAAGUUGAUAAUAUUGGAAUAUGAGAGUGUGGUUUUUCCAAAAUAGCUUGAAAACAAGUUUUAUAAUUGUCGUCUCUUUUUUUUCUCUAUUUCUCAAUUGUCUCUCUCUUCUCUCUCUCUCUCUCUCUCAAAUUUUGUGGAAACGAAACAAAUGAUUUUAUGAUGAAUGAACUGAAACUUGAUGACGUUCCAAUUCUUAAACGUAGACAAAAUAAUAACAACAACAACAACAACAACCGAAAAAAAAUUCAUCCACCAUUUGUUCAUAAAGGAUUCUUGCAAUAAUAAUGGGUUCGAAUCUAUGUGAAUAUAUUCAAGAUACAAUCAAUAUCCAAUAUUUAAUACGACAAUUAUUACGUAUGGCUAAUGAUCAAACUGAUUGUUUGGCUGAUGAUUGUAUGGAUGAUGGUAUUAAUAAUAAUAACAAUAAUAAUCAAAUUGAAAAUAAUCUACGACAAGUUGACCAUGGUAUUGGUUCAACAUCAUUAACAUUUGGUUAUCUAAUGUUUACAUUUUUACUUAUUUGGAUGGUAUUACCACGUAAUUAUAAUCCACAAUCACAAUCACAACAACAACAACAACAACGAAAUCGUCGUAAUAAUCAAUCAUCAGAUGAAAUGAAGAAAUCGAAUCACAAUAAUGAUCACAAUGAUAAUGAUCGUGGCGAUCCAGGUCUUACAUCUUGAUUUUUUGUUUGUUUGUGUUUGAUUUGAAUUUAAUUUAUUUUGAAAAAUUUUAUGAUUGUUUUUUAUCUUG